AUGCUCGACAGGGACUCGGAGGAGCAUAGGAUGAAGGUGGGCAGAGUCCAGUGGAGGCCGUCGGAUCCCUUGUGGGUUAAACUCAAUGUGGAUGGAGCUUUUAGGCAGGCCUCUCAAUUUGCUGGUGGUGGAGGUGUGGUUAGGGAUGAGGAAGGAGACAUCAUCGCGGCCUUUUCUGCAAGGUUCGCGGUCAGCUCGAGCCUGGAGGAAGUCUCGGCCUUGCUGAUAGGCGUGACUCAAGCAAAACAACACGGCAGCAGAAUCUGGAUUGAAUCAGACGCGGAGUCUGUAGUUCUCGUUGGUUGUCUUCUGGCCACUGGGGGCAUGCUGAGGUAUGGACAUACAGGCAGGCUCGAAAAUGAUGCACGCAAGGGACUCGGUGCCUUCUCGGGGGUUUCAAUUUCUUCCAGAUAG